UUGGGCAUGUUAGAACAUUUUUGUUUUUGAUUUCAGAUUAUGGAAGAAUAAUCAAAGCAAAGCUAUCAUUCCAAGGAAUGGUGCUGGAUUCCAAUGUCUACCAGGCGUUACUCCACCUGUGAGGCAGCACCAUUCAGCUGAACACAGAUUAAUUCCCAGAUCCUCAUUGCCAGACAGCUCUUCAGGUCAAACAUCAUGGACAUCAGAUAGAUUUCAAGAUGCUUCCAUGACAUCAAAAGAACAGGUUUGUUUUGAUAUGCAGAGAAACAAACAUUCCCUCAGGUCUGAUCCGAAGGAUUUAGAAGGAAACAUAUGGUAUGUUGGUACCCAUAAUCGCCAUGAAGCAGAGAAAGCUUUGAGAAUAUACAACAAGAAUGGUGCCUUCCUGGUAAGGGAUAGUUCCAAAGGAAACCCUGAUAAACCGUAUGUGCUGCUGGUGUACAACAACUAUAAAGUUUACAGCAUUCAGAUUCGCUACUUAGAGAGCAGCAGACAGUAUUCUUUGGGGAGUGGCCUCAGAGGAUAUGAUGUGUUUGAUUCGGUGCCACAUAUAAUAGACGUUCACAAAAAUAUUCCGCUGCGAUUAAUCGAUGGCAGGGAUCAAUCCGGAAGGCAAAUGGAACAUUGUGUGCUCACCGUUCCACUGAUGCUGCAUUGACGAAUCAAUACUGUCCCAUGAUUUUGUAUUUUAUCCUCGAAAUAUCUGUUGUACAGCUGUACUAAAAUAUUUUAAUGUAAAUAUAAACUGGUUUUCAUUGU